UGCACUAAUGCUGCUCCCACAUUGCAGAUAACACGUAAACUGUAUGGCGUCAGACGACAACAAGUCAGUCCCAUCCCAUGCAUGCAAAAUAUUACUUUAAUGCUGUAAAUAAUCGCUUAUUUUCUAUUUUACAAACUAUUUUAUCAAUCUUACAACGCCUUCGGAAGGAAUGGCGAACCGUCGAACCUUUUCUGACGUGAGGAACGUGAUCCUGUCGGCCCAUAGAAACACAGAUACCCAGGAUAAGGUCGGCUUCUACGACACCUGGGCUGAGAACUAUGAGCAGGAUGUGGCGCUGCUGGAUUAUCGUGCUCCUCUUUUAGCAGCCGAGUGUGUCAGCUCAUUUUACAAAGGUGACAGAGAGAAUAUCACUGUCUUGGAUGUAGCCUGUGGUACAGGCCUGGUCUCUGCACAUUUGAAGAAAAUGGGGUUUCAUCACUUUGUUGGAGUGGAUGGAAGUUUAGGGAUGCUAGAGCUGGCUAAGAAAACAGGACUCUAUGAGCAGUUUAAACAAUGUCUGCUUGGGCAGGAUUCCCUCCCUGUUGAAGCUGCAGCAUAUGAGAUUGUUAUCAUUGUUGGAGCUCUGAGCGUUGGGCAAGUGCCAUUGACAGUCAUCAGAGAGAUGUGGGAAGCUACAAAACCAGGUGGCUACGUGUGCAUGACCACCAGAGGAAACGCAGAUAACCUGGAGUACAAGGUUGAGCUGGAGAAAAUGAUUAAAACACUUGAAGAGGAGGACAAAUGGAGACGCGUGACUGUUGUUGAGGUGGAGGAGUGGGAGAGGGCAGUUUCACAGCAAGACGACGGUUAUUUGAAAAACCACAAGGAGGGUGUAAAAACAUCGAAAGGAUUUGGAGAGAAGGAUUCUGAGGUGUGUGGUUACAAAUUUACCAUCUCCCGGUUACAUCUAACCUUUCUCUUGGCCGCUCCUCGAUACUCCAGCCAGUAAAACUUC